UGUCCCCGUGCCGUCUGCAGAAAUGUAGCAUCCCUGGCUUGCAACUGUCUGUGACACAGCACAGAAGGAAUAACGGCCCCCCCCCCCCCCCCGAGUUUAAAAUGGGUCCAGUUAAAAUAAGGGAGCGACAUUCUUGCACCUGAAGCGCUGCCUUUGGAUGACAAGCCUGGAAAGGUCUUGAAUACAGGAAUAAUUGGGACAUGAGAUGCUGCUGGACAACAACCCUGGCAGGAUUUGAAGGGAUGAAGUCGCGCGGGGUGCUGGUGGGGAGAAGCCACCUCCCUCGGAGCCUCCCCCCCCCCCCGCAACAUCGCCUGAGUGACUCUGAAGGUCCCUGUGCUGAGUUGCUGAAGGGAAGGGGAACGAGGCUCUUGGGCGGCCUGAGGGAGGCGACUCGGGUCUCCCCUCGCUCGCGCGCACAGGGAGAUGUGCUUUCUUUUGGGAGAGGCCGCCUGGCGGUCCUCCGCGUCCCCUCCUCAGAAGGCGCCAUUGAAGCCGGAGACUUGCAAGCUCCUUGCAAGGCGCGCGAGGAGAGGCUGAGGCGAGGGGCUGCUGCCGGUGGAGGAGGAGGAGGGGGCCGAGGCGAGGCGCUGAGGAGGGGCUGGGCGACGCUGCGCUUAGUGGCACCGCCGGGUCUCUCCUUGGGGGCGCGCUCUGCUCUGCUCCGGUCCGGCGCGCCACAGCCAGAGGUGCGGCCAUGAACAGCUCCUGGGCGGCGGCGGCGGCGGCGGGGGCCUCGGACGGCGCGGCCAGCCCCAGCCCCCCCGCAGCGGCGCCCGGGCCGGGGGGCGCGGGGGUCCCGCCGCCGUUCUGGGACAGCGCGCUGAACCAGGGGCUGAGCGUGUUCGUGGCGCUGGCGCUGGGCGCCACCAUGCUGGGCUUGGGCUGCACGGUGGAGGUGAGCCAGCUGGGCGCGCAGCUGCGACGGCCCGUGGGGCUGCUGCUGGCGCUGCUGUGCCAGUUCGGCCUCAUGCCGCUGGUGGCUUUCCUGCUGGCGCUCGUCUUCGCCCUCGACGAGGUGGCCGCCGUGGCCGUCCUGCUGUGCGGCUGCUGCCCGGGAGGGAACCUCUCCAACAUCAUGUCGCUCCUGGUCGACGGCGACAUGAACCUCAGCAUCAUCAUGACCACGUCAUCCACCCUGCUGGCUCUGCUCUUGAUGCCUCUUUGCCUGUGGCUCUACAGCCGCGCCUGGAUCAACACACCGCUGGUGCGCCUCUUGCCCCUGGGCGCCGUCAGCCUGACCUUGUGCAGCACACUGCUCCCCAUCGGCCUCGGGGUGCUCAUCCGCUACAGAUACCCCCGGCUGGCAGACAUCCUGCUGAAGGUUUCCCUGUGGUCUCUCCUACUGACCUUGGUGAUCCUUUUCAUCCUCACGGGUACCAUGCUGGGUCCUGAACUGCUGGCCACUAUCCCCGCCACCGUCUACGUGGUAGCUGUGUUGAUGCCCUUGGCAGGUUAUGGUUGUGGCUACGGCGUAGCGACGUUAUUCCACUUGCCGCCCCACUGCAAGAGGACAGUGUCCCUAGAGACAGGCUGUCAGAAUGUACAGCUCUGCACUGCUAUACUCAAGCUGACUUUCCCCCCACAGCUCAUCGGGAGCAUGUACAUGUUCCCUUUGCUCUAUGCCCUCUUCCAAGCUGCCGAAGCUGGCCUGAUCGUGUUAGCCUACAAGAUAUAUGGCAAGGAUUUCUACAAGCAAGAUACUCUAGGUGGGGAAGAAGAAGAUACUGACAUUUCUUACAAGAAACUCAAGGAAGAGGAAGUGGUGGAUACCUCUUAUGGCACAGUGACUGCUGAGAACCGUGGCUCAGUGCACAUGGAGUCCACGCAGACUGCUCUCUAGGGCAAGGGAAGGCAUCCAUGGCAAAUGAUGUAGCAAACCAGGAAGGGCCGGGGGGGGGGGGGGGGGGCACAAAGCAGUUCCUGUAAUUUUGAUUCCUGAAGCAGCCUCUGAGUAUAUGGUUCACAGCCUUGUCCAAUAUUCUCUUCUAUAAGUAACAAGUCACCUGUGACAGCCUUACUUGUCAUCAUAAAGUAUUUAAUGUGAGCCAUCUUCGUGAGUGUGACACAAUAUAUUAUGAGAUGCAAGCAAGAAACUGGUACAUAACUGAAAAGUGGGUGUAAAGGUAAUUAUAAGACGUGGGAGGGAUGAGAAGGGAAACAAGGAGAAAGUAAACGCUGACGAUGUCCGUCAAGUGUAACUGAGUACACCAGAAUUCAUUUUAUUUUCAAAAAGCCUAUUUGUAUAUCUUGCAUAUAUUUCAGCGUCUGUGUAUGUGGAAAGGUUAAAUAACGUUGUACGCUUAUCACUGGUUAAAUUUCUUCCAAAGGUACCCGUCUAUUAAACAUAUGACUGCCUGUU